UGGACCGUCCUGUGCCGUGCAGUGAGCUAACGCGCUGACUGUGGAGCACGAGCCCGACAUUCUUCACUUCAAUGGAGGAACAGCCCAAAGAUCGGGCACAAGACAGGCAGCACCACCACAACGGAGAGGACCGCAGCUCCAUCCAGCGCACGGCGUGUCUGAAACAUGAUCAGAGCCAGUUCCAGUGCCAGCAUCAGGAAACGCAGGCGAAGAAAACAGGCAGUAAAAAUGUAAUCAUCAGCGACGAGGAGGGGGAGAAAAAUCCACACCUGCUCUACACUGUUGGUAUGUCCCAUUCCUCCAGCAGCAAUGGUAAUAGACACAUAAGUAACCCAAAUGUGAAGCAGAAAGGGCCACAGAAGCACUACACCUCUGUUCAGAAAGUGAGCAGCAAAUUCUCCGAGCAUAAGAAGAAUAUGGACUUAAAAAAUGACAAGGAGAAGGCGCUGGAUUUGAGUCAUUAUGAGAUUCAGCCUUCAGACAAGAAAGACUCUGCUUUGCUUCAGAACGGGCUUGUGAAUUGUGGCCUCAUCAUCAACGGCUAUUCCAGUAAAGACAAUGACGGAAGCGGCUCCGAAGGCGGAUACACCACCCCGAAGAAGCGAAAGAGCAGAUGCGGCAACACCAAGAGUGCCGAUAAUGUGACGAGAGACAAAGAGAGAGACAUGCAGUCCCGCAACACUACGCAGGAUCCGGGAGCCUCGAGUGUCGAGAUGCCCGAGAAAGGAACAGCGUCCAGACUUGACGGCUUCCGGUCCAGCUACAAAGCAGAAGCUCAGACGACGGCGAAACGGGCCGUCGCGUCAGAGACUUAUGUCGCCGAACCUCAGAGGAAAACCUCUGAAGGUAAAGCAGCUGGCACGUUUGGUAAGAAAGCGGAGGAAAAGCACAAGGGCAAGCUUUCCUCGCCUUCAAAAGAGGACUCAUGGACUUUGUUCAAGCCCCCUCCUGUAUUUCCUGUGGACAAUAGCAGUGCUAAAAUAGUUCCCAAGAUCAGUUAUGCAAGCAAAGUAAAAGAGAACCUCAAUAAAGUAGCUCAAGGCGGAGGAGAGGCAGCGCCUCCUCCUGUGAGACUGUCCCAGGUCCCCAUGUCUGCUAUGAAAACUAUCACCUCGGCUAGCUUUACUAACGGUCCUGUUCCUGGGAAUGGGAACGGCUGCCCGUCUGUGGGCACCUUCUUUGCUCCUGCUGCUAGUUGUGUUCAAUCAGCUCUGUCUGUCCCAAGUGGCGAGAAUGUAGCAUCUUCUUUGGAAAGUAGCUGUAGCUCUACGACGAGUCCCGUAGACGGCGAGGCGAGCGAGCUCAGAAAGUGUACUGUUUUAAUCUACCCUUUAAAUAUGCAACCCGUGCUCCCGAGCGCUCGCCACCUCGACCCACCGGCUGCUCAGACAAAUCAGAAAGCCCUGGGGGACAUCUUCCAGAACCAGUGGGGGCUCUCCUUCAUCAAUGAGCCCAACCCGGCCCUCGACGGAGGGAACGGGUUCGUGCCUGCCGAGGACCAGACUUCUGUGACUUCUCACAACGGGAGUCAGCCUGUCCCAGCCAAGGUUGCCCAGCCCCUCUUUGACAUUAGCCCAUUUCUAGAAGCCGAAGCUUUUUCUCAAGACGCGGAGAAAAGGACUUGUGCCCCCUGCCAAGUAUCCAGUGUUUGCUCUCCUGCUAGCACGGCGAGCGAGGAGGAGACCAAGCUGCAGCCAAGUGUCCAGGAAAAGACGAAAGUGGAGCUGAAGGGAGUGGGUUCUUCUCUGCUGGCCCCCAGUAAAGACAACGGUGCUAAGCCUGCAGUGGGCCAGCAGACCACUGUGCUGUUCGGUUCCUCUAAAGAACAGAUCCACCCAAAAGACGUUGGCAGGAGGUCCAGCUGGGGUUCCUUUGACCUUAAAGCUGCUGUCACCUAUCACACUAAAGAAAUGGAAUCCAUUUUCAACUUGCAAAAACAAGAUCCAAAAAGAAUAGUGUUUUAUGAUGAGACCAAGGACGGACCUGAUCAGUGAGGUAGAUCAUCUCCAGUGCUUACUGUCUUCUCCUCUGGGUGCUGCAGUUAUCUACCUUGGAAAAAGUAAAAAAACAAACAAAAAAAAACACACAAAAAAACAAAUCCUGUUGGAUAAAGUGACAACUGUGAAAACACUGAUAGCUAAGCAUGAUUUUCCUUGGAAACUCGGGUUUAUUGAAACUUUCUUUUUUUUUUUUUUUCCUUUGGGAGCGCACCAGACAAAACACACACACACAUGCAGACACAUUCUGGAUGGACAUUAAAAAGGAGUUGAUCGGUGCCUCUCCAACACGAUGAAUGGACCUUAAACGACUUCUAGCUGUGGUAGUCCUCGUCUCAUGGCUUUUAAGGGAUAAUGUUCGGGAGUUCACCAAGGCAGGUGUCUCGGACCGCACCUCCUUAAGCCUUUAUCCUGUCAAACUGUUGGGAUGCCUCUGUCGGUUUCUUUCUUCACUCAUUCAAAUGAGUUCACUAUAGAUACGUUGGACGUUCCACACACAGAUCUGUGCUUGAAUUAGUGGUGAAGGAAAGGAGACGAUUGUUAAAGAAAUGCCUUCUGAGUUGUAGAGUAAAGGUGUUUUGCAACCCUGUUAAGGCGGCCAUGGACUUUUGUGAGGCUCCAUCCGGGAAGGGAGAAUCUUGUCUUAAAACUCUAUAAAAAAAACAAAAAAACUACUCAGAGUCCUGAAAUUUUCUAUGUACCGCAGUUGUUUUUAUGCUGUUUCAGCUGACCUAACACAAGUAUUAUUUGCAUCGCCGUUAGACCCCAGAGAUAAGGUACUGACGUGCCGAAUUUGAAGGAAAGCCACGCCCCUUUACAAUGUUUGUUCACUUGGUGUGCUGAACGGUUUUAACAUUGGGUCUCCGCUAUACUGCUUAUGUUGAAGCCUUCAUUACAUUUCACUUUAGAUGGUCAUAAAUUAUCACAAAGUUUCUUUAAAUUCAAAAUCAUGCACACUUUUUUUUUUUUUUUUUCAGAGUUUAGGAACAAACAAGUAUUGCUUCUGAUUGGCUGUUCUGUUUUAUUCAGCUGCAACACUCAGGAUAUCUACAAACAUUUUCUGUUCAGUUAAAGAAAAAUGUUUCAUUUUACAUUUGUUUUCAUAGCAUGUUUUUUUUUCACUAAAUGACUGUUUUUUCUUUUUGUUUUGUUUAUUUUUUAUUUUUUGCCCCCAUGUUUACUGGUAUACUUGAGUCCCUUUUCAUUGCCACAGAAACACAAAUAACUCAUUUAUCGCAACCUUCAUCUUAGGUAUCAAAGUAACCGCUUUGUCAAAAAAAGAAAACCGUUUCAGAACGUUCGAAGGAGGUCUUCAAAGUUUUUGCAAGUCGGUGUGCAAUACCUCCACGGAAAAUGAGUUUUGUUGAGCUACAAAAUCCUCAUCAGAGACGCUUGCGUAGCCUGCAGUUUAGUUUUUCAAAUCUAUUUCGGUUGCAUUUACUCUUUUGUUGCACAUUUUCUUCACUUGUAAAGUCUACCUACAUCUAGUGAUUCUAGGAGAAGGGUUUGGUCAGUGGGGACAUCUCCAGAAAAGGAUGUCACAAAGGAGGUGAAAGUGGGCGGGCUCGGGGGUGGAGGGGUGGGUUCCUCUUGUCUAGAAAAUCUAAUUUGGUUUAAUCGUGAAUUAAUAGCACUUUAUGUUAACAAAUUACCUUUAUCUUAACUAGAGAAAAUUUAUAUGUAACACUAGAAAUACUCCUUAAAAAGAAUGGCUCUGGGCUGUUACUUUUCAGAAAGAAAAUAUAUAUAGUUGCUAAAUACAGAAUAAUUAAAUAUAACUCAGGUAGUGUUGAUGAAGCCAUGAGUAUAUUCAAUGUUUUCUUUUUCUUUCUUUUUUUUUUUUUUUUGCCAAUUGGCCCCUGUCAUGCAAUGUUCUCAUACUGGAAAUGCUGAAUUGGAGUCCUACUUAUGUCUCAUGCGAUAUUCUGGAAACACACCAAAUAACUUACUUUUGACUAAGGAUGUCCGUUUUACUUUGGGCUCAUGUUGUGGGAUUUUAUCUGUUUAGAAAGCACAUUGCAUCUCCGCUCUGUUUUCUUUGUAAUCACCUGCUGGUUCAUUUCCGCCUCUUGUGUUUUCUUCCUACCCUCCUAACAGGCCUGAGUGCGUCUUCAAACCGUUUCCUCAGCAGAAUGUGGAAUUUAGUGUACAAGUUGGAUUCCCAUUUUACUUCCAUACCCAGAUUUAGUAUUUUUCUUUUUUUUUCUCAGCCCAUUUAUUUUUUUAUUUUUUGUGCAUCGUCCGACGUCCAUCUUGUCUGGGCCUGUAACAAAAUGCAACACGGUUGUAAAAGGGUUUCCUGAUGUCAUACUGAUGUAUCAGAAAGUGCUCGCCAGUAGAAGCACUGUCCCUCUCCCACCUGUUGCUGCAUACUGCUGGUAGAAAGCUGGGGCUUACACUUACAAGAAUGACGUGUAUUUUUCGUUUCGUUUUUUGUGUUUUUUGUUUUUCAAAUAUUUCUGGAUGUUUAAAAAAAAAAAGAAAAAAAGUCAAAAUGUAUCUUUUUGAACAGGCAGUUUUAAAACGAGAAUAGAGUUAUUGGUUUUAAAUUGGAGACGUUUUGUUUUGGUUUUGGAGGACGGGGUGGUUUCUGCCUAAAUACCACGCCGUGAUGUGAAUGAAGCUCAUCGCUGCGCUGCUCUCCUAUUGAGGAUGACUGAAUAUACUCUAACAAAAAGCCAAACAAAGAAAAUUCCAUUUGAGGCGUGUUUAAUCCGGUAGCAUUACUUUGUGUGUUUUUUAUCACUUUUAUUAUUUUUGUAGCUCUCAGCUUGCUACAGUUUAAUUUAAUCUGACUGCACAUAAAUCCCUGGCAAAUUAACACAAUCAGGUUGACGCAAAAUGGUUCAGACUGAAGCUAUUAAAAAUUGUGCAGAUUUUUCUUGGCAUAAAUGUAGGUAAGCAGGGUGACGGAAAGAGUUUUCUGCUAUAGUACAAUAAAUUGACCCCUUUUCGUUUCUUCUUGUCUCCCUCCCCCUGUUUGUUUGAAGAAGACUGCAUAGGUUUGGGGGAAAUCAGAGCUGCUGUUUCUUGCAUUGUAGCCUGCUGACCAAAAAAAACAAAAACAAAAACAGGUUCUUACAAUGGAGUAGAUGGUUAAUCAGUAAUUAUAAAAAGGCAGGGUGGAGAGUGAGGGGUUGGGGUGGGGAAUCCACUGCCAGCACGUUGAGAUAGAAAAAACAUAAUCAUGUGGAGUUUCUGUUUCCCUUCCCUCCCCCUCAGGAUGUGCAAUCACCUCUAGGAUGCUGAUGAAGGCUUCCAGGUUGAGUGGCUUGAUGUUGGUUGGUUGGUUGGUGUGUGUGAGCUGCAAGUUCUUCCUAUUAUAUGCAAGUUUCUCUUAUAUUAAUAAAAAAAAAAAAAGCGUGCCCCUUCUCUUGGGUGUAUUUCGUUCAGGUGCCUGUGUGGGGGGAAGGCCUGGGGAGGGAGGAGAAAAACUACAGCAAUUUUGAUUGUUUAAAAUCUGCUUCCAGCAUAUAUCUGUGCCAUUUUUAUUUUUAAUUUUUGUGUAAAAGAAAAAUUGAAAUAAGUGCAACUUUUUGUUACAGUUUUCUUCCGGCUAAUAUCUUUAUUUCUCCAACAUAGCCACACCUGAUUGAGCAUUUAUUCUUGCUUUUUUUUUUUUUUUUUUUAAUGCAUCUUUAUUUUGAUGGCUUAUGUUCAAAUUUCUGCAACUUGAAGCCAAAAUCACUGCAAAUGGUGACGGAUUGCUGUCUGCUGAUGUGUUCCAGAUGUCUAUCAAAUUAAUGUCUAAAGUAGCAAAUGAUUCAUUUGGACUCAUUUUAACAAGUUAAUAUUUUAACAUGUUUUUGAAGAAUUAUUAUUUUUUAGUUGUAACCUGACUUGUCCGUAGAUGCACAGUUAAGAUGAGACUGAAACAAGUAAAUCAAAUGGAAUCGAGACGUUUCAUCUUUUUAGAUGUUUUUUUUUGUUUUUUUCUUUUUUUUUUAGUUGUUUUGAGGCUGAUGUAUCCCGUUGUUGCCCCCUUCUAGCACCAAUGUGAAAGCUGCGUUUCCCAGCAGGUUUUCUACACGUUGCUUUUAUCGGUUUGUCCAAACACGUGGCAGAAUGCGAAGCGUUGAAAUACACUGCAUCUAGAGUUUCUUGUAAUAUAUUUUUGAUUUGUGACGCCAUUGAUCUCAGUUUUUAUUUUGUUUUUAAGAGGCUAAAUGUGCAGUUCUGGAUCUCUGGAUCUGCUUUUGCCAAAGGUACACUACUUGGAUAUUGAGCGAGAAGAGAAGGGUGGGGAGGGGGGAAGGUGUAGCGGAUGAUGUCAGAGCCAGCUUCCUGACAACCUGCUGAGUUCAGAGAGUUUUUUUUCUUUUCAUAUGUGAACAAAAAUCACUUGUGUAGCAGCUGACUGUCACUUUGCGAACAUUGUUAUACUGAGUGUGAGCGAGAACUCUUAAAGGGGAAAACAACUACCGAAAGUGCUGCUUUUUUUUUUUUUUUUUUUCCCUUCUCCCCCAUUGGUCAUCUGUGAUGGGAAAGACUGAACGUGGUGUUUGUACUCUGAUUAAAAUUGUCCCUCUUUCAUGAUGUCAUUUUCUCAUACAUGUUUUGUUGUUGUUAAUUUUGGGGCUUUUUUUUUAAUUCAAAGCAAAGGGUGCUGUUUCAGAUUCCAAGUAAAGUGAGCAAAUGAGGUUUCAGUCACAGAGGGAGACGCAGGCUGGAUGUUCGUUUCUUUUGUCGUCCCCUCCUCUCACGUUUUUUGUUUUGUUUUUUUUCCCCCUUCCCCAUCUUUGUGCCCCUGAAGGCAACAGCAUUUCUUUCUCAAAUGUCUUACAAGUUGGCAUUUCUGUUUUUAAAUGAACAGUCUGAUUAUUUAAUUUCUUUUAUUUUGAAUUUAACAAGUGUCACUUUUUUUUUAAAGCAUGAUAAUAACCCUCAAGUUCCAAACAAUGUAAUAGUCAAUUUAAAAGUAAUAAUAAUAAGAAAAAAAUUCCUGUGUUCACUGUUUUAGUUUCCAUUAAAAUGUCAGAUUUUGAUGAUGAA